AUGUUGCCAAGGUGUAUAGUAAAAAAGGCAUUGUCCCAAUCACAUUCUUCUCAUCCACAAAGCACUAUCGACGAAGGGCACGUAUAUCCUCUGUAACAGUUUCUCUAUUCUCUCUCUCGAUCGAUCGAUCUUCUCCGAUUCGAUUCCACGAUCUCCGUCAAAAUGAACGACGCCGAUGUCUCCAAGCAAAUCCAGCAGAUGGUCAGAUUCAUCCGCCAAGAAGCCGAAGAGAAAGCCAACGAGAUCUCUGUUUCCGCCGAAGAAGAAUUCAACAUCGAGAAGUUGCAGUUGGUUGAGGCUGACAAGAAGAAGAUCCGUCAAGAGUAUGAGCGCAAGGAGAAGCAAGUUGAUGUUAGGAAGAAGAUUGAGUACUCUAUGCAGUUGAAUGCUUCACGGUUAAAAGUUCUGCAAGCUCAAGAUGAUGUGGUUAAUAAAAUGAAAGAGGAUGCAGCCAAGGAACUGUUGAGUGUGAGUCGUGAUCAUCAUGUGUACAAAAACCUUCUAAAAGAUCUCGUUAUUCAGAGUUUGCUAAGGCUGAAAGAACCUUCUGUCCUAUUGAGGUGUCGGAAAGAGGACCUGCACUUGGUAGAGAAUGUGUUGGAUUCAGCUGCUAAGGAGUAUGCUGAAAAGGCAAAUGUUCAUGUACCUGAGAUUGUUGUUGAUAAGGAUGUCUAUCUUCCACCUGCCCCCAGCCAUCACAAUCCCCAUGAUCUCCACUGCUCUGGAGGUGUGGUAUUGGCUUCUCAUGAUGGCAAGAUUGUGUUUGAAAAUACACUUGAUGCGCGUUUGGAUGUAGUGUUCCGGAACAAACUCCCAGAGAUCCGCAGGCAGCUCUUUGCACAAGUUGCUGUUUGAAGACUUUGGUUAUAUUUAUAAUUUAUUGCAAAGACUGAUGUGAGCGGACGAUAUGUUGUGCCAUUGCUCUUGUAAACAGAGUAUUGUUGUUCUUUAGUUGCUUCAUUUUUUGUGUCGCUCAUUUCACUUUCGUAUUUAAUGGGGUAUGCGAUGAUGCUUGUGAAGUUUAGCGAUAAAUGUUCUCAGCUAAAUAAAUAGUGCUUGGUGCUGCUAAAGCUUAUUGCUGCUAUUAGCUUUUCCGGUGAUGAAGUAGCUAAUCCAUUGGACAUUGCUGUCACCAUGUGAUAGAAAAACAAUUGCUCUCUUAUUAUUAUGUUUAUCAUCAUGCGAAUAAAUAAUGUGCGUGAAAAAUUAGUGAAAACUUCUACAUUCAGUCCAAUUUAAAUGCUUGUUCACUCUUUCCUGCUA